AUGAUAAAAUUUUUAAUUUCUAAAAUAAAAGUAUUAAAAAAAUUAAAUAUACCUUUUUUGUUAUAUUUUUCAAGUAAAUAUAAUUAUAAAUUAUAUAAUAAUAAAAUAUUAUAUAAUAAAACUUAUUAUAAUUUAAAAUUAAAAUUUAUUAGAUAUAUAUGUUAUAAUUAUUGUAUAACAUAUAAACAAUAUUUAUAUUAUAUAAACAAAAUAAGAAAAAAUUAUAAAUAUGUUAUAUAUUUUAAAUUAUUAAAUAUAUUAGAAUCUAGAUUAGAUGUAUUUUUAGUAAAUAUAGGAUGUUUUAAAACAAUAUUACAGUCAAGAUAUUAUAUAAAAUCUCAAAAUAUAUAUAUAAAUAAUAUUAAUAUUAAAUAUUAUAAUAUAAAUAUAAAAAAUAAUGAUAUUAUAUUUUUUAAUAGUAAGAUUAAAUAUAUUAUAUUGAAAAAUUUAAUUUAUAAAUAUAAUAUAUAUUUAUAUAUAUUUAAAUUAUAUAAAUAUAAUUUUAUAAAAAUUUAUAGUUAUAAUGAAAAUUUUAUAUUAUGUAUAUAUAAUUUAAAAAUUAAAAUAGUUAAUAAUAUUUUAUUAAAUAACAUAUUAUAUAUAUAUAAUAAUUUUUUUUAUAUUUAA